AUGGCUCUCAAGUUCCUCCUCGCCGCUUCCGCCCUCGCCGGUCUCGUUUUCUGUGAACACAUCCAUCACCACCCCCGCCCAUACCACCCUUUCCCCCCGCCACCGCCCUACCCCUACCCACAGCCUUCUGGGUAUGGGCCUCCUCCCCCUCCUCCUCCCCCUCCCCCUCCUCCACCCCCAGCGCCCUACGGCCCCCCACCAAUCGUGUACCCUGACUACAUUGACCCUCCCUCUCGCCUUCAGACACUCCCCAAAUACUCCUUCUCCUACGGGGUUUCCGACGAAGAAACAGGAACGAACUUCGGCCACUCGGAGACCCGCGACGGCUACAAGACCGAGGGCAAUGACGUUCCACUGUACCCUGCCCCUGUGCCCUAUAAACAUAAUGAUUACUUGGAGACUCACCCCCAGUACAGCUACAGCUACGGCGUGCAGGACGACCUCUCGGGGAACAACUUCGGCCACUCGGAGUCCCGCGACGGCUUCAAGACUGAGGGCAGCUACUUCGUCAACCUCCCCGACGGCCGCAAGCAGAUCGUAACCUACGCUGACCACGGGGAAGGCCUGGUAGCCGAGGUCACCUACGAGGGCGAGGCUUACUACCCGGAAUUCAGCCCCGCGCAGAAGCCCGGGGGUCUGCCUGCCUACGGGCCUCCUCCUCCUCCAGGCGGCGGCAGGUCUUAG